UGAAAUAGAGAGAGAGAGAGAGAGAGAGGGUGGGAGAGAGACAGAGAGAGCUUCGGAUGCUGCUUUAAUGGCGUUCCAGGGUUUUGGCAAGAGCUCAGGCCCUUCUGUUCGCCCAAAAUCCCAAACUCUUUUUGGAAAUCCCCCUAAAUCUCCCUCCCCUACAAACCCUUAUAGCAAUCCAACUGCUCCACUACAGCAAUUUCCAAGGCCUGCUGUAGCUCCUCGUACAAGGGAUAUUUGGCCAAACUCUCCACCACUUAAUGGUGCCGAUUCUCUAGCUCAUACGUGGCGAACGCCUGUUGCAACUUUUGUUGAUGCACGCAACACUAGAGUUAGGUUUCCAACCAAGUCUGCCAACUUGCAAGGUCCAAAGAGCAUCUCUCCUCUCUUGCUACCUCCUGCUGAAGCAUCAUUUGGGAACCCCCGCUUUUCUCAAGUUGAUACCGAAAGGGUUUUGUGGUGGACCCUGGGGCAGAGGAUUCAAUCGUCUGGAGUUGCGACAAGUCUGGGGCCUGCUGUCUCACCUCCUAGAUGGGGCAACCAGCCAAAAUCGCCUAUCAAUGUUGCUAAUUCAUCGGUCUAUAGAAGGUCCUUGACGACGGUUGCACCACAUGUUGAUGUGCAUGAUGCUGAACCCAACUUUUUGACCAAACCUGCCAGCUUUCAAGCCUCCAAAAGGAGCAGAUCGCCUUCCUUUCCAUCUACUGGUGAAGGUACCUCGGGAAACUUUCAUUCUGCUCAAGAUGAUACUGGAAGAUUGGGAACUCACACGGGUUUGCUGUUCAAUAAUGGGGCUUCUAAAGCACCACGGAGGACGCUGUCACCUCCUUUGGCUUUUGAAAGCAACCGGCCUGUGAAGGGGCAUCGUUACCCUCUUGAAGAAGCUCAGAGGCCUGCCAUAUCACCUCCGAGAUGGGGUAAUCAGCCUAUGUCUCCAGCCAAUGCUAAUUCUCAAACUCCGCUGAGUUCCUCCCCAGUUGCGCCUUAUGUUGACGCACAUGAUGCUGGAUCCAAGUUUCCAACCAAGCCUAACAACUUUCAAGUCCCGAAAAGGACCAGGUUGCCUCCUAUAUCAUCUACUGAUGAAGUUAUUUUAAGGAAGUCUCAUUUUGUUCAAGAUGAGCUGAGUUCCUCCCCAGUUGCACCUUAUAUUGAUGCACAUAAUGCUGGACCCAAGUUUGCACCUGAUGCUGGACCCAAGUUUGCACACGAUGCUGGACCCAAGUUUGCACAUGAUGCUGGACCCAAGUUUCCAGCCAAGCCCAACGACUUUCAAGUCCCAAAAAGGACCAGGUCGCCUCCUAUAUCAUCUACUGAUGAAGUUAUUUUAAGGAAGUCUAAUUUCGUUCAAGAUGAUUCUGAAAGUGAAACCCAAGCAAAGGCGAAGCGACUGGCUCGCUUCAAUGUUGAAUUAAGCCAACCAGUGCAAGGCCCACAUGAUCUUACAAGGCAAAAGCUUUCUGGGAUUAAAAACGAUCAGGCCAUGGAGAAACAGAAGUUCACUGUCAAGAACCCUGUUCAAGAAGUAGAUCUCUCAAAUGAUAGUAUUUUAUUUGACAACGAAGGGAUUGAAUCAUCUAGUGUUGUAGUUGGGCUCUGUCCAGAUAUGUGUCCUGAAUCCGAAAGGGAGGAACGUGAGAGGAAAGGAGAUCUUGACAAGUAUGAACGUGUGGAUGGAGACCGAAACCAAACAAGCAAAUACCUUGCUGUUAAGAAGUAUAACAGGACAGCUGAGAGAGAGGUAGGCCUGAUAAGGCCCAUGCCUGUCUUGCAGAAGACGGUUGAUUAUCUUCUGUGCUUGCUGGAUCAACCUUAUGAUGAUAAGUUUCUGAGGAUGUAUAACUUCUUGUGGGAUAGGAUGAGGGCGAUCCGGAUGGACCUCAGGAUGCAACACAUUUUCAACCGGAAUGCUAUAACCAUGCUUGAACAAAUGAUAAGGCUUCAUAUCAUAGCCAUGCACGAGUUGUGUGAAUACACAAAAGGGGAAGGGUUCUCAGAGGGAUUUGAUGCGCACCUCAACAUUGAGCAGAUGAACAAGGCAUCAGUUGAAUUGUUUCAACUGUAUGAUGACCAUAGGAAGAACGGAAGCAGUGUACCUACAGAGAAAGAGUUCCGGGGUUAUUAUGCACUUCUCAAGCUGGACAAACAUCCUGGGUACAAAGUGGAACCUGCAGAGCUUUCGCUUGAUCUUGCCAAGAUGACUCCAGAUAUAAGAUGUACACCAGAAAUUUUAUUCACACGUGACGUAGCAAGAGCUUGUAGAACAGGUAAUUUCAUUGCCUUCUUUCGUCUUGCAAGGAAAGCGACAUACCUUCAAGCGUGUUUGAUGCAUGCUCACUUUUCAAAGUUACGAACCCAGGCGCUUGCUUCUUUACACAGCGGUUUACAGAAUAAGCAAGGAAUCCCCAUCAAACAAGUUAUAAACUGGCUUGGCAUGGAGGAAGAAGAUAUUGAAAGCCUUUUAGAAUACCAUGGGUUCUCAAUAGAUCACUACAGAGAUGUAUAUAUGGUGAAAAGAGGCCCAUUUCUUAACAGUGACAUGGAUUACCCGACUAAGUGCUCACAGCUUGUUCACCUGAAGAAGUCAGAAAGGAUUAUUGAUGAUGUGUCUUCCGGACCGGCAUUAUCCUCCCCCAGGGAAAGAAGAAAGAUUUUGCUAGAUAUGGUGGAUGAUUUUGCUCGGAAAGAAGCAAGUUCCAGUCUCAGUGAACCAGAAACCUGGGUUGAUGCUAUUGAUGAAGAUAUGCCUGAUUUUGAAGAUAAUUCUUUUUCUCAAGACAAUCACCAAGUCCAGCUGUUUCUUGAAACACCUACUGGUCAGGAUGCUGAAAACAACGCCGAAGUGGCUGAAUUGCACUUCUUGCCAUCAGAAUCAUUAGACUGUUAUCCACCACAUGUGGUUGUUGACACGGUCAGUGACUCAGCUGCUGAUGUACUAGUAGGAAGCUCAACAAACAAAAAUCUACAUUACCCACAUAAGGCAAUGCUUCCACAAACUGCGACGGGAAGGCCUUUGCAAUUUGAGACAUCUAUGGUGGAAAAAACAGUACCCCAAGAAGUAAUGACCAGAGAUCAAGGAAAUGAAUCUAUGAUGCUCUGUCAAAGGGAUGAAGCUGCUGCUGCUGCGAAACUUAAACUGAUGCUGAGGAUAUGGAAGCGGAGAUCGCUGAAGCUGAGGGAGAUUCGUGAGCAGCGCCAGUUGGAAGCAACUGCUGCAUUGAAUUCACUGUCACUGGGAGUGCCGAUCCUGAAAGAUGAAGUGCAACGGAUCCAUGCCACUGAGCUCAACAUCGAUCGUGUUGUGAGGGAGAGGCUUGACAGACAUGUGAAAUCAUGGUCUAGAAUGAAUGUUUCUGAAGUGGUGGUGCAGAUAUUAGGAGAAAGAAAUCCAGAUGCUAAGUGCCUCUGCUGGAAACUGAUCGUCUGUUCUCAGACGAAUGAUAGUGGAGGACACAAAUCGAUGCAAAAGAACCAAACUAAUAAUGUGGCAGGCACGUGGUUGCUCUCUAAGCUCAUGGGUAUUAGAAGUGAAGAUGAUGAUGAACUGGCAGUCUGUUCUUCAGGCCUGUCGAUAUGGAAGAAGUGGGUUCUUAGCCCUCAAAUUUGCUGUUUGUCUGUUAUUAGACAUGUUGCAUUUGAUGGUAACAGGCCGGUUGCAGCAGAUGAUGUGGUUACUGGUGCAGGUGCCGUUCUAUUUCUUGUAUCGGAAAGCUUACCUUGGGAUCUUCAACGAACUCGACUGCACAACCUUUUAUCAUCACUACCUCCUCUCUCUGGAUUGCCACUUCUGAUCUUAACCAGUGGGGUACAUGAAGAUGAGGUUUCCGAUCCUUCCCUUACCAUCGUUAACAGACUGAGCCUCAAUGAUGUUGAUAAAAGAAGGAUAAGUACUAUCUCGAUUGUCUUUCUUGUUGGCAACCAGGCCCCACAAAAUCAAAAUGGGUUUUUGAGCGACAAUUAUUUAAGAGAGAGUCUGCAAUGGCUAGCGAACCAGUCGCCCGUGCAGCCAGUUCUUCGUAAGGUUAAGACGCGCGAUCUGGUUCUGGGAUACUUGGGUUCUUCACUAGAGGUUCUUGACAACAUGAAAAUUUCUGAAGUGGGUCCGGACCACUGCAUCUGGGCCUUCAAUGAUGCAUUGGAUCGUUCAUCAGAAGAUAUUGCCACUGCAGGAGAUAUGAAUCCUGCCCAUUGGCCAAGUCCCGAGAUUGAUUUGCUUGAUGAAUUCAGCGAUGAGCGUAGAGCCACAAACUCAUCCUUACCAAACAUCAGUUGGAGCUCCAGUGCAAGGAUCAAAUCAACAAUAAGCACGAUAAAGUGUUGCAAACUUCCAUGUUUUGCCACCGACUUGUCGUGGCUAAAUCAAGGUUCAGAUAUGGGCAAGGAGAUCCCGAACCAGAAAUUGGCACUUGAAAAGUGCUUAACAAGGUAUCUGACAGAAGCAAGUAAAAUGAUGGGCGAGGAGUUAGCGGCAAGGGAAGCAUAUGUGAUGCUGCAGAAGGGCGCUGGCCUCAAGGUCGAUGGUUUGAGAUAUCAAAUCAUUCCAAGAUGGGCAGUUAUUUUUCGGCGGGUUUUCAACUGGCGGUUAAUGAAUCUGAUCAGAAGGCCGUUCUCGGAAGCUUAUGUUUUGGAGCACUCGAGUAGGCCUAGCGCGAAACCAUCCAAUCCAAGUAACAUAUUUACACCUUUGAAACGAGGUGGGAGUGAGUCUGAUUUGAGUGCCGAUAUGUGGCCGGUGCACCAUGUUUCAACUGAACUCUCCCUUGAUGAAAUGGUUGAAGUUAGCUGCAGGCAUCCAUUUGGGAGGCCCAUCUCAGUUUCUUUGGUCUCUCAAUCUCCCAAGGGAACUGUCAACAAAGGCGGUGAAGUAUCGGAGACUAUCCAUGAUUCUCCCGAGGAUGUUGAAAUUGGCAAUGAUUCUUUAUUUAACAAGCGGCGAACUAGUAGUGCAGUUGUAUUGAAGACGAAAGAGGGUGACAAGUUAAGCAUGUUGUUGGAGCAGUGUAAAAUGUUGCAAGACAAGAUUGAUGAUAAGCUCACUAUAUAUUUCUGAUAGCCUAAUUGUCAUCUGCUUCUUUGUAUCUUUGCCAGAGAGUUUGUUUGUAUCAUGAAGAAAUGACAGGCCGCGUUGAGGAACAGAAUAAUGGAUGUUGAUUCCAUGGUUCGGUAA